AUGAAUAUGGACAAGCUGUCAUCAAAGUAUAAGUAUCUAGGCGGGCUGCCUAUUGAGUGUUAUCGAAACAUCUCUCCAAGAAUACUCAUCGGGAUCGACAAUUGUCGGCUGGGCCACGCGCUGAACAGUCGUGAAGGACGAGAAGGUGAACCUGUGGCAAGUCGGACGCGACUCGGAUGGAUAGUCUACGGACCGUGCUCAACAGCAGCGGGAUCGCCGAGCAAGAGUUAUUCGGCAUAUCAUAGCUUUCACAUCUGUUCUUGUAGGGAGCAUAGCGACGAGGACCUGCAUAAGGCAGUAAAAGAUUAUUUUUCCCUGGAAAGCAUAGGGGUACUGAACCUAAAGAAAGAGCUGCUAUCGAAGGAUGACGAUCGGGCGAUUCAUAUCCUGGAAUCACAAACCAAGCUAAAAGGGAACCGAUACGAAACAGGAUUACUGUGGAAGUACGAGGACGUGCGCUUGCCGAACAAUAAACAAAUGGCCAUGAAGAGAUUAAUAUGUCUUGAGAAAAGGUUAUCAAAGGAUCCGGAUUUGGCGAAAGCAUUCAUUGAGAAGCUUCGUGACUACGAACAGAAGGGAUACAUCAAACGGCUGUCCCAUGCGGAGACUCAACCCAGACACCCUCGAUCAUGGUAUCUUCCCAUAUUUCCCGUGCAAAAUCCAAAUAAGCCCGGCAAGCUCCGCAUAGUUUGGGAUGCAGCCGCUUCAGUUAACGGCGUGUCGUUAAAUUCCGCGCUAUUGACGGGUCCGGAUCUUCUGGUAUCUAUAGUGGAAGUACUUUACAAGUUCAGAGAAUUUCGGAUUGCCGUGGCCGGUGAUAUUGUCGAAAUGUUCCAUCAAGUAUUGAUGAAUGAAAAUGAUCAACAAUCUCUGAAGUUCCUGUGGAGAAAAUGCGAACAGAACCGUGAACCGGACGUCUAUGUCAUGACGGUCAUGAUAUUUGGGGCAAGCUGCUCACCGAGUAGUGCCCAGUUCGUAAAAAACCGCAAUGCACAACGUUUCGAAAAUGAGUUCCCAAGUGCGGUUGAAGCGAUACUUCAUGAGCAUUAUGUGGAUGACAUUCUCACCAGCGUCGAGACGGAAGUUGAAGCAGAGAAGUUAGCGAAGGAGGUGGAAUACAUUCAUGGUCAAGCAGGAUUCAAAAUUCACAAUUGGCUAUCCAACUCCCGUAAUGUAUUGACAAGCUUGGGGUCGGAAGUCAGAAAUGAGAGAAGUUUACACACAACAGAUGAGUACGCAACGGAUAAGGUACUUGGAAUGUGGUGGUGUACCGCAACGGACAUGCUGACUUUCAAAGUUUCACUUCGACAUGACUCCGAUCUUUUGUCAGGCCGAGCUGUUCCAACGAAGAGACAAGUGCUGAGCACAUUAAUGAGGAUCUAUGACCCAUUGGGACUCAUCGCAAAUUUCCUGAUGUUCCUGAAAAUCUUGCUCCAAGAAAUUUGGCGCUCCGGUGUAUCGUGGGAUGAACCUAUAGGAAACAAGGAAUGGAAUAAAUGGCAGUUAUGGCUGACGGUCCUUCCAAGAAUCGAGUCCGUUCAAAUUCCUAGAUGUUACCGGAACCACACAACAGCAACAGAGUCGAAUAACAUCCAACUCCAUGUUUUUGUUGAUGCGUCCGAAAAUGGGUACGCAGCUGUUGCCUAUCUACGUUUCGAGGAAAAAGAUAGCAUUGAGUGUGCACUAAUCGGCUCGAAGACCCGAGUAGCACCGUUGCGAUUCGUCUCAAUUCCUCGUCUCGAACUACAGGCUGCAGUGAUAGGAGUACGCCUCGCGCGUUGUAUAGCGGAUUCACAUAAAUUAAAGCCUUCACAGAGGUUCCUCUGGUCCGACUCGCGGGAUGUUAUCUGCUGGCUGAACUCAGACCAUCGCAGGUACAGCCAAUUCGUAGGAUGCAGAAUAGGGGAGAUAUUGGAGUUUUCGGAAGCUUCUGAAUGGAACUGGAUUUCAACAAAAAUCAACGUGGCCGAUGACGCAACGAAGUGGCAAAGACUCCCGAAUCUUUCUUCUAACGGACGCUGGUUCCGAGGCCCAUCUUUUCUCUGGGAAAAAAAGGAGAAGUGGCCUAUUAUUAAGUCUGAUCCCGGAUCAACAGCGCUAGAAUUACGAACUCAUACUUUGCACCAUACAUGCCAGCAACCCAUAAUUGACGUAAACAAAUUCUCGCGAUGGAAUCGAUUAGUGCGACAUGUAGCUUACGUCAGGAGGUUCCCAAUGAACGUUCGUCGGCAACUAAUGAAGAAAAUGCUGAUUACUGGUCCACUCGAACAAGAAGAGCUAGCGAAAGCAGAGAACUACAUAUUCAAAACUGUCCAAGCGGAUGCAUUUUCGGAAGAAAUAAAGAUUCUUCGGGAAGCAGCUCGAGAACCGUGGAGGAACAAACGAAGUCUGCCCAAGCACAGUGCUCUGUACAAGCUAAGCCCACAUUUCGAUAACGAGGAGAUAAUCCGCAUGGACGGGCGUAUAGAUGCUUGUGAAUUCGCGAAAGGUGAUGCCAAGCACCCGAUCUUGCUUCCAAAAUGCCAUCACGUUACCGACCUAAUUUUAUCUGAUAUGCAUGUAAAGUUUUGUCAUCUAAACCACCAAACUGCCUUGAAUGAAGUUCGGCAGAAGUACUAUGUACCAUGUCUUCGUACCAUCUACAAACGCGUCCGUAACCGUUGCCAACUCUGCAGGAUCAGGAACGCACAACCUCAACCGCCGAUGAUGGGAGAACUGCCACCGAUGCGUCUGAAAGCGUUUACUAGACCAUUCUCCUUCAUCGGUAUCGAUUAUUUUGGACCCAUGCUUGUCACAGUAGGCCGCCGGGUAGAAAAACGUUGGGGUGUCCUGAUUACCUGCAUGACCGUCAGAGCAAUCCACAUAGAGAUUGCCCACUCGUUGUCGACAGACUCCUGCAUAAUUGCCAUACGAAACUUUAUCGCGCGAAGAGGUAUGCCACUGGAGAUAAUAAGCGAUUGUGGGACCAAUUUCAUAGGUGCCAGUCGCGAGCUCAAGGACGCUAUGCUGAAAAUUGACCAGAACAAGUUAACAGAGAGCUUCGUCAGCGCCCAAACGAAAUGGUCUUUCAAUCCACCCGCUUCGCCACACUUCGGAGGAUGCUGGGAAAGACUCAUCCAGUCAGUUAAGAAGACGCUACAACAAAUCAAGCCCAAACGAACGCCCUCCGAUGAAUUGCUUCGAAACAUGCUAACCGAAAUUGAAGCAAUCAUAAAUGCAAGACCAUUGACCGAAGUACCACUGGAACACGAAGAAGCCUCACCACUUACUCCUAAUCACAUCCUUAUCGGAUCAUCAAACGGUUCCAAGCCCCCGAUCGCGUUUAACGACAGUGCUGCCGUAGUGAUACGCUCCUGGAAGAUGUCCCAAGUGUACGCGAACGAAUUCUGGCGACGUUGGGUCGUCGAGUAUCUACCAACGCUAACUAGAAGAACGAAAUGGUUCCAGCCUGUAAAGCCCUUAGCAGAAGGGGACGUCGUAGUCGUGGUAGACCACAACCUACCCAGGAACACGUGGCCGAAGGGACGAGUUGUUGGAGUCACUGUUUCUAAAGACGGUCAGGUCCGUCGAGCGUCUGUACAAACAGCUAACGGGAUACUUGAGAGGCCAGCAGUUAAGUUGGCAAUUCUGGACGUUGGUUCGAUCGAGAGUAAGUCGGACUAGGGAUCGCGACGUACUGAGGGGGAGUGUUGCAACUGUAGCUGCAACGAACCAACAUGGAAACGUAUAGUUUCAUUUCACCGUACCUCUUGAGUAUCUGCCUACCUCGUGCUACCACUACCGAUACAGCUCUGCGGAACCUUUUACCUUGUCCGCGUGAACAAGCUCUUAUCAGAACGUAACUCUGUGAUUGAUGAUAAGGCGAGGGAGAUCGAAUACAAUUGAAUAGAUCAGGUACAACCGAAGUAAACAAUCCCAACUGGCAAUAAUUGCUAUGUGUAGCGUGGUGAGGCACAGUUUAUCGAAUUUGAUAAUUAAUUUAGCAUACUCUUACCUAAAAUUACAAAUAAUUACAGCUACUUAACUACUUAAGAGUUUGGUGAUGGUAAAUACUGAAUUUGAUUAAAAGAAACGUUGAAUUCUCUAUAAAAUAGUACGGUGUAGUAGAUACAGCAGUUACCGUAGAAUUCAUGCAAGCUAGAAACGUGAACCACAAACAUUAAACACGUUAAAAAGCUUUGCUACUCCCAAUCAGCAUAUUGAGCGCAAAAGGAAACAGAAAGGAUACUAAACGAAUUUUAUAACGUUGAAGUCAAAUAAACGUUCAAGAAAUCGGAAACUGUCUUUCUGUUGCAGUUUGCAACA